AUCAGUCAAAAUGGGAAUUGAAAAUUCUCCUUCAGUCAAAUUUCAAAAAGUGAUUUAAAAGUAAUUCAAAAUUUAUUUGUGUUUAAAAACUUUAUUCGUGAAAUCGUACAUCAUCUUUUAUAGUGAAACUAAUUGAAUAAACUUUACCUGUGGGUAACAAGAAUUCUUCUAUAUAGCCGCGUAUCAGUUUAUAUUCCAAGAAGUAAAAAAUCUAAAAAGAAAAUUAACCCACAGCAAGUUCAAAAUAGGCUACUAAUAAAAUUAAGUCUACAGUGAUUAAACAUUUUUAUAAGAAUUGUAAUUUUAUUGAAGUUCGGUUCUGUACGCCUUUGAUCCACAUUUGCAAUUUGUUGAGCGCACGUUAUGGUCAGGCUCACCUGAACACUAUAUCCACUAUAUUUUACAUUAGCAUUUCGAAAACGAGUUAAAAAGCGGGAAGAAGUAUUCAUCUUUUUAAAAGAUGGACAGAGGCGAUAAAAAUAUUAAAACUGAGGAAAUUAACUUUGAAGACAUCUUGAAAUCCGAUGAAGAUGAUGCUGGUGGGAACAAGGAUACCGGUUCCGAAGAAGAUUUUGAAAAUGAGCUAGAAAUCGAAGAACAUCCAGAAGAAGACGAAGAACACGAAAAUGACUAUGAAGACGAACAUGAAGACGAGUUCAUAAACAAUUUUGAUGAAGAUUAUGACAAUGAAGAAGAUCUGGAAAAAGAACAGAAAAAACUGACAAAACAACAACAAAGCGAACAAUUUACGAUACAAAACCCACAAACUAAAACUAUAACAAUUGUACGUAAAGAUAUCAAAAAGCUCACUAGUUCACCAUCAGCCUACAAAAGUUCUUCAACGCAACCGACUAUUUUAAACAGUAUGAUGCAAAAUAAAGUUGUAGCAUCUUCUACUGGGCUUAUUAGAUUAGCCCCAAGAUCAACGGCGACAACCAUCGCAAACCCCUCUCCGUCGAUGUCAUCCUCGCCAAUGACAACCGUUACCAAAAAUGCAAAUGGAAAAAUAAUAUACUUACAGCGACCGGGUGGAAAAAGCGUUCCAGUUCGUGUUCCAACUUCUAUUGCAACGAAUACAUCCGCAAACAAUAAAACAAAGCAGACAGUUGCCAUUCAUGUGAUGCGAACUCCAGAUGGUAAUUUUGUGCCUUACAAAUCUGGCAAAGAGAUAAGCUCCAACAGCUCAGUAAUGGGAAGCAACAAGUUGAUUGGAAACACUGGUGGUGGAAAAGUGCUCAUGAAAGCUCCAAUUAAAUCUCCUCCUAGUUCCACUGUUCCCUCAGGAUCAAGAUCAAUGGGAUCAACAGUUAUUUCAGCUAUUGAAUCAAAGCCUAAAGUACGGCAAGUAAUAACUACAAGGCAAGUUAUAACAAAUCCAAAUAAUGGGGGUAGCAAAGUUAUGGUGCAGGGUACAACUGGUACAUCGCGACAAGUUAUGGUAUCAGGAAAUAUGAUUAAAAUGUCACCGAACACUUCAAGUGGGCAACUACAAGCCGUUCAAAUACCUGGCAAGCCAGGUAUUCAAUAUGUUCGAGUUUUAAAUAGUACACAAGGUGCAAUGUCACAACACAAAGUUACCUCGUCUGAUUCUUCGACUACACACAAGUACACAGUCUUAAACCAACCCAACAAGCAAUCCAUUGUUGUUAAGUCUCCAUUGACUGACAAGGAUCGGCACAUUAAAAUGACGACAGUGCCAACUUAUCGAAAAAUAAAUGACGUAAUAGUGCGAACAAAUGAAAGCGGAGCACAAAACUUAGUGCGGGCUCAGAAGAUUUCCCAAAUCAAUUCGCAAAUUGGAAGAUUUUGUAGUACUUCGAAUGUAAAAACUCAAAAUAAAUCCGAUGCGCCUGCAAAUAAAUGCUUUGUUGUAUCCAAAGCAUCGUUGAUUCGCAAUUCAGUUACUAGUCAAAAUCAGAAAAUAAUGCAACAACGUCAAUCUAUAAUUGAAUCAAGAACAAAUGCGUCAUCAGUUGCAGUUAACUCAAAAACUUCACCACCACCAGCAAAGAAACUUUUUAGUAUCCUUCGGCCCACAACCACUGAAUUGCAACAAAUUAAAUCGGAAGUCAAGGCUGAGCCUUUGUCUUCGAAGCAAAAGGCUGAGCCUUUUAUAUCAAAGCCUAGUAAAUCCACUGCAACUCUUUUGACGAAUAUUGCUGUUGCCAAAGCAGCGAAUAGAUUAUCGCUGACGGGAACGUCACCCCCACCGUCUGAUGACUCCAGCAACGUUACUAUUCGACGAAAACAUUGUAACUGCACCAAAUCCCAAUGUUUGAAGUUGUACUGCGAUUGUUUCGCCAAUGGAGAAUUCUGUCAAGAUUGCAAUUGUAAGGAUUGUUUAAACAACUUAGAUAAUGAAGACGAACGGCAGAAGGCAAUACGAAUUUGCCUAGAAAGGAAUCCAAAUUCUUUCAAACCUAAAAUCACAGCUGCAGCUAACGAAAGUGACCAACGAUUGCACAAUAAAGGUUGUAAUUGCAAGAGAUCAGGUUGCUUGAAAAACUACUGCGAAUGCUAUGAAGCGAAAAUACCAUGUUCAUCUAAUUGUAAAUGUGUCGGCUGCCGAAAUGUAGAUGACCAUCCUGACCUUGACAUGGAUACAAAGAAGUGUGCAAUCUCCACAAAUAAUACGAGCAACAGAGGCAAAAGAACCUACGAAAUGAUUACACCAAAAGCCCAGAGUUCAUCUGUGUUAACACCGGCUGUAACAGCUUCAAUGGUGGCGGCAAGUGGUCCUCCAGCAGAAAAACAACCAUGUAAUUUCAUUACUCAAGAAGUAGUUGAUGCAACAAUACAAUGUUUAAUCGCCCAGGCAGAUGAGUGCGAGAAAGGUGAACUUACACCCUAUCAAACAGAAAAAAUGGUCAUGGAGGAGUUGGGCCGAUGUCUUGUAGAAAUAAUUGACUUUUCAAUUCGUAAUACUGACUAAAAUAAAUAAUUAUUACAAAAGGUCAAAAAAUCUUAAUGUAACUAAUCAAUAUAUAUGUUUAUGUAAUAUGUUAUGUAAAAUAACUAAAAACAAUUUAACUUUGCAAUUUAUAUUAGUAUAUAAAACUUCCAUUAUUUACAUAGUUUUAAUCCAAAAUAAUGGAUGUCUAGCUCCAAUUUUACUUGAUGUUUUUAUUUAAAUCUUUUCAAAAGAAAAAAAUAAUUAAUAUUGUAAUUAAAUACAAUGAUUUAAUUGUUUCUGUGUAGGAUGACAGUUUGUAACAUGCGUGGAUAUUAAAUAAUCAGAACAAUUAAGUUAGAAAUAAAAUUGACAUUCUUUAAACUA